UUCGACCGCGAUCGGUUGGCUCCAGGAACCGUACUCUUUCUCCUUCUUCCGUUUCUGGACUCUGAAGUUUCUGCCUCUACUGUAGACUCUAGAUAGACUUUCGAGGAUCGUUGAAACGGUAUUACUCCGAAGGAUACCCAAGACUACCCUUCAAGAGUUAGCCACGAGCCUGUGUUUAAAAAUCGGCGCGCUCGAAGACGGGCGAGAUCGAGCAACGCUAGUCCGAUGUUUCACGAGUGUCGACGGUAAACUGCUCGUUCGUCGAAUUAUUCGACGACAACCGGUGCCAGUGAGGAACGAGACAGACUCUCGAGUCGUGCUUUCAGACUCGGACAGUGAUCAGGCUUCACGGGAUCGCGCGGUUCAGGUAGAUUGUGGAGAUCACGAUCGUUUCGGUCGAAAAAAGCGGCUCCGUAGGUCGACGGUGGUCCGCGAGGGUGCGGAGGAAAUCAGGAAAGUGUUGUUCAGCCACGAGUCCAGGAUUCUCACCCCCGGAGGCGGUACCAUUUCGCCCGGGGGCGCGGGGCCGCCCGCGAGCCCUUCUUCGGGACACUAUCAUCCACCAGCGCACAGUCCACCACUGGUCAAGAUUGGAACUGUUCACACCCACCAACCAAACAAUAACCACCAUCACCCGCACCAUCAGCAGCAGCAGCAACAGCAACAACAACAGUCGAGUCAGCCGCAGGUGCCUGGAGUCGGAGGGGGUGGAGGGCCGGGGGGUGGCACGGUGGCCAGGGCUGGGAGCAUGUUCUGCUACCACUGCCCCCCGGGUCUCCCAACACCGCGAUUACCACCUUCCCUUGACUACCCCUUCACCGCCACUCACCCCUAUACCAGUUAUUCUCCGUAUCACCCUGCUCUGCACGGUGUAGGCGACGAAUCCUUCGGAAGGCGAAAACAAAGGAGAAACAGAACCACGUUCACCCUUCAACAACUGGAGGAACUAGAGUCUGCGUUUAGGCAGACGCACUACCCGGAUGUCUUCACCAGAGAGGAUCUAGCAAUAAAGAUUCACCUCACGGAGGCUAGAGUUCAGGUAUGGUUCCAAAAUCGCAGAGCAAAGUGGCGAAAAACCGAACGUAUGCUGGAGGAGCAAAGGAAACGCGAGGGUGGAGGAGGGGCUGGUACAUUAGAAACGACAGGACUGGCACCACCAUCGUCUUCAUCGGCGGGUCCAAGUCCCACCGGGCAUGAUCCGGAAGGUACAACGAGCAGCAGCGCCCCAGACGCUGAGGACGCCGGCCCAGAUGGAGCUGGAGGAUCGAGGAGCCCCAGCACGACUUCCGCCUCGGUCAGUCCGCGGCCCCAGCAGAGUCAGCCGUCCCUGGGUGGCGUCUCGACGCCACCGCCAACCCCCAUAAGGGCGCCACCGCCACCACCUAGCACCGUGGGGGGCCUCGGACCACCCGCCGAGAGCACUCCAGGAUUGGCAGCGGGUUUCAGGCCAGUCGAACCACCAACGUCGCUCUUCUUCUCCCCGCACUUGGCGGCCCAAUUCUCGCCGCCACUGUUCGGUAACAAGGUGGUCAGCAGCGCGCCGACAUCUUUAACCUCGACGACUCCUUCGCUGUGGACUACGAGCGAUCAUCGGCCGAGCAGUCUGCAGGACAUGUUGUCCUGGUCCCCGGCAGGCUGGCCAGGCUCCAUGUGCGGAUGCUGCAAGCCUGGAACCGGUGAUCUUCAUAGAAACAGUAGCCUAGCCGAGCUCAGAAGAAAAGCUCAGGAACAUUCGACCGCUUCCGCGCUUCUCGGCGGUCUCGCCGGAUUUCCCGGCGGACUACCCUUGCCCCUGCAUCUGCCAUUGCUGCCGCCCCUGCUGGGACUCUCCAGGAGGCCGGAGCACCAUCAUCACCAUCUACCCAGUAUAGUGCACCAGAUACAACCGACCACGAAAGAGGAUCCCUAAGAUCGUCGUUCGCGGCGCCACUCGCAUAAUAGCUGAUUGAAUCUUUGGCCACCACGGCCCUUGCAACUGGGCACGUAUACGUUUCUGAACACUGGUUUCUGUUGUUCUUUUUCUAUCGUUUAAGGACGAUCAUAUUUUAGACAAGGUUGGAGGGUCUCCGAAUCGGUCGCAAGAG